CUCCAAAACCACAAAUCUUUAGCCCUCCUUUCUUUCUCUAUAUAUAUAUUUGUUCUUUAGCAGUGACACUGUAUACACACAUACAACUAUUAAAAUCUUUUCAGUGCUUUCACAUUAUCAUCUAAAUUCCUCCUUUGUCCACAACCAAUAGCUCCACUGGAGUAUUAAAUUUUCUACUUCCACAUCCCUCUCUUCAGUCUUCCCGGCCAAUAAAACGACAAUCUAACCUACACGAGAUUUAACAUCUUACGUACUACAAAGACAACAUCCUCGUGUACGUUACAGCUCACGUCAUUAAACCCCGGCCGUUCCCCAUGAAAAUCACGUUCUGAUCAAGCUCACGUCAAUUUCGUUUCUUUUAAUCAUUAUCUUCCACCCUGUCCAAAUUGUGCUAUAUAUUGACAAUCUUGAGGAAUAACAUCCUCGUAUAAUAGUUAGCAGUACUGAAUAAACGAGGUACAACAGAAUAAUGAGUCGCUUGGAAAGCUGGCCAGAGCCAAUUAUUAGAGUUCAAGAACUAUCGGAAAGUGGCAUUCAAGAAAUCCCUGACCGUUUCGUGAAACGUCCAGCGGACAGACCAUGUUUGCUAGAGACUGAAGCCAACAUCCCAUUAAUUGACCUCGAAAACUUGAACUCUUGCGAUGAAUCUGUUCGCCAAGAAACUAUCAAACUCAUUUCCCAGGCUUGUUGCGACUGGGGUUUUUUCCAGGUGGUGAAUCAUGGCGUUAGCCAUGAGCUGAUGGCAAAAACUCGCGGUGUUUGGCGCGAGUUUUUCCAUCUUCCGCCGGAGGAGAAGCAGAAAUUUGCAAAUUCUCCGAUUACUUAUGAAGGUUAUGGCAGUAGGCUUGGAGUGGAAAAAGGUGCUAAAUUGGAUUGGUGUGAUUAUUUCUUCCUUCAUUAUCUUCCUGAGAAGUUAAAGGAUGAGAACAAAUGGCCUAGUCUUCCAAUUUCAUGCAGGGAAAUAAUUUCAGAAUAUGGACAAGAAGUAGCGAAGCUAUGCGAAAAGUUACUCAAAAUUUUAUCAUUAAACCUGAGAUUAAAUGAGGAUUAUCUACACCAAAUCUUUGGAGGAAACAGCGAAAUUGGUGCAUGCUUAAGAGUAAAUUUUUACCCUAAAUGUCCCCAGCCAGAUCUUACCCUAGGCCUUUCCCCUCACUCUGAUCCUGGUGGCCUGACCCUUCUCCUCCCUGAUAUCGACGUUUCCGGCCUCCAAGUCCGUCGUGGCGAUAAUUGGCUAACUGUUAAACCGGUUCCUAAUGCCUUUGUUGUCAACAUUGGAGAUCAAAUUCAGGUAUUAAGUAAUGCAAUGUACAAGAGUGUAGAGCACAGAGUGAUCGUUAAUUCGGCCAAAGAACGUAUAUCCUUAGCAUUCUUCUACAAUCCUGGAGGUGACAUGCUCAUCAAACCUGCAAAUGAACUUGUGACAGAAGACCGGCCGGCGUUAUAUUGUCCGACGACGUUUAAUGAGUAUCGAGCUUUAAUCAGAACCAAAGGUCCUUCUGGAAAAUCUCAAGUUGAAUCAUUAAAAUCGGCAACAUAAUUAAAUUACCUUUUGUAUUUAGGAAGUCAUGUCUCUAUAUGUAUGGUAAUACAUGCCCAGUGCUUAACUACUGCACAUGUAUUGUGAUAUUUCCAUAUCAUGUCUUUUAUGCUUUUGCCAAAUUCAGCUUCUUUAUACUAAAGGAACUUCAA